CUGGGGGCUGCCCCCCCGAACCGGUUGCGCCUCGCGGAGCUAAAGGGUCCGGGCGCUGCAGCCACGGUGCUCGCCCCACUGCUCCUCCUGGGCUUAGCGGGCUUAGAUGUGCCUUAGCUCUGGUCAGUGCCAUGAUCCGGCAGGAGCUCUCCACAUCCUACCAGGAGCUGAGUGAGGAGUUGGAUCAGGUGGUUGAGAACUCAGAUCAGGCUGACGAGCGGGAAAAGGAGGCAGUCAGAGUCCAGGGUUCAGGAGUCUUACCAGUCCUAGACAGCGAGUCCGCCUCCAGCAGCAUCCGCUUCAGCAAGGCCUGCCUGAAGAACGUCUUCUCGGUCCUGCUUAUUUUCAUCUACCUGCUGCUCAUGGCCGUCGCCGUCUUCCUGGUCUACCAGACCAUCAUGGACUUUCGUGAGAAACUCAAGCACCCCGUCAUGUCGGUGUCUUACAAGGAGGUGGAUCGCUAUGAUGCCCCAGGUAUUGCCCUGUACCCUGGUCAGGCCCAGUUGCUGAGCUGUAAGCACCAUUACGAAGUCAUCCCCCCACUGAGGAGCCCCGGCCAGCCCGGAGACAUGAACUGCACCACCCAGAGGAUCAACUACACGGACCCUUUCUCCAAUCAGACCCUGAAAUCCGCUCUGAUCGUGCGGGGGCCCCGGGAAGUGAAGAAGCGGGAGCUGGUCUUCCUGCAGUUCCGGCUGAACGAGAGCAGUGAGGACUUCAGCGCCAUCGAUUACCUCCUCUUCUCGUCUUUCCAGGAGUUCCUGCACAGCCCAGACAGGGUGGGCUUCAUGCAGGCCUGUGAGAGCGCCUAUUCCAGUUGGAAGUUCUCCGGGGGCUUCCGCACCUGGGUCAAGAUGUCCCUGGUGGAGACCAAGGAGGAAGACGGGCGGGAAGCAGUGGAGUUCCGGCAGGAGACGAGUGUGGUUAACUACAUUGACCAGAGGCCGGCCGCUGAAAAAAGGGCUCAGUUGUUUUUUGUGGUCUUUGAAUGGAAAGAUCCUUUUAUCCAGAAAGUCCAAGAUAUAAUCACAGCCAAUCCUUGGAACACAAUCGCUCUUCUCUGUGGGGCCUUCUUGGCAUUAUUUAAAGCAGCAGAGUUUGCCAAACUGAGUGUGAAAUGGAUGAUCAAAAUUAGGAAGCGAUACCUUAAAAAAAGAGGUCAGGCAACGAACCACAUAAGCUGAAGUCGCCUUGCGGUGUUCGUAGAACUGCCCAUGUGCAUGGAAGUUCUCAUCACUUCCGCUUUGAUAAACUGAGCUACCAGUAAUCUGUACUCACCCGAAGAAACGGGCCCUGCUGGGAGGAACAGCCUAAUGCAGCAGAUCAAUGGAUAACCUGAAAGUUAUUUAAGUACUUAAGUUAUUGAACAUUUUUUGGAUAUGACAUAUACAUAGGGUUUGUGGAAGACGGAGUUAGAUAUGUUAUCUGGUUUUCUGAAGAUUUGUAGAAGCUGCCUUUCUUCUUACUUGGUUUGGUGUAUAGUUCAGCU